AUGUAUAGUUCCUCACGGUUGCCCCAACAACGCGGCGGUGGAAGCCUGUCAACAACGGCGAACGUGGGAUCGUCCGAUCAGCUUGUUGUCCGACAGCCACCCUCGUGGACUCAACUGCCGUCUCCCAUGGCGAGAUUGAACGACGACUCGCGUCGGGAUUCAUCCUGCACAUCGGAUCCCGCACGUCACGACGCCGAUUCCGCAGGCGAAGACACCGGGCCCGACUCCGAACACAAUUCAUCCGCAUCAUCCACGCGUCAAUCAGCAAGCGACAUCUUCGGCCGCGACAUGGACGAGGAACUGGAACAGCUAAAAUCAACAACGUCCAGUCGCUCGUCCCUGUCUUCAGGGCCAACAUCCGUCCUCGUGCACUCCCUCGACGACCUGAAAUCUGCGCAUUCAAUGGAUCCCCACGAAAAAGUCUCCCUAUACACCACCCACGAAGAUGACGAGGCAGUAUUUGGUGGUUUCGGAAAUCCGCCGCGAUCAAUACACACUCUUCGUACGCGCGAAGCUGCUUUCCGCAAACCGAGCUCUGUGAGGGCAAUGCAGAUGCACACAGAGGACGAAGCGGAUGAGGACGACUACUUGACACCCCCGAGACGCCGACCAGGGUUGCGAUCGCCUGGCUCCUCCCCGCUGAAACGCUCGCCAUACUAUUCACCCAGCGCAUCUGCGAAGAAGCACACGGUUCAAAAGGAAUACCCACUUGUACUCCUUCAUUGCAAUUUGCUCUCGCCGUCCCUGCCUAUACCUGGCGCGGCUGACCCUCAUAAUCACAAACUUCUUGCCGAGGUCCUACCGCCACCGUAUUGGAAGCGAUGGCAGAGAUUGCAGGAGAAAGUUGGGUCCGGUGUACUACGUGACCGAGGCGUGCUGAUUACCCACCCGGAGGAUAUGUAUGAUUUGUUGGAGGAACGAUUGCUGGAAAGUCUGGAACUACGACGCUCUAGGCUUCACAACGGCCACUUCCUGAGUAGCGAUGAUGGAAAUCCGGACUCGGAGGAAGAUUUCUCGGAUAGGGGAGAAAGCGAGACGGAUGGUGAGCAGGGCGAGGAGUGUCCCGAUUGCGGAGGCCGUUAUUUGCGGCAUGCAGACGAGAACCGCAAAUGGGAGAUCAGAGUAUUCGCAGCAAAUGGCCUGAUGCGUGCCGGAGCUUGGGCAACUGCUUGGAAGGAAAUGGAGAAAGUCGAUGUCGAGGUCGGGCUCUGGUUGCCGCCAGAUGUUCGCCGAGAUCUGAAGAGAAGAUUGUCACAGGAGCGGACAAUGAUCUUGGAAAAUGUUGACUCUCGGGCAUCUCUCAGGAGUGAUACAGAGCUCCAGGGCACUGAGGGCCUACGUUUGCCUGUUUCGCAACAUCUUCGAACGCCCAGCAAUACAAGCACCUUCCUACCCGACAAUUCGCCAUCACCCUUUCCAGCUCCUCAACAUCGACCAGACUCCGGAGCAUCCGGUAGCCCAGUCAGCAAGCAGCCUGAGAUUGCCUUGCAAACGCUUAUCAUCAACUAUAUCCGCGUGCUAGCAAGCGACAGACGAAACGUUGCGCUAUUCGUGCUGAGCAUUCUCGUGGCCUUUCUUUCCAUAGGUUCUUGGCAGCAACAGCCACCGCAAUAUUCCGAUAUGCGGCCAUUCCCCCACGACAUGUUUGAGUCGGCCUCGGUGUCAAGUGUUAGCGUUAUGCAGUCUUCACUAUCCUCGGCAAGCAUUGAUGCCACCGGUAGCAGCGCGAUUUCUAGCCCGCUGAAUGAUAUCCCGGUAGCCCAGACAAUGAUACCGGUUGUUAAAGAGGAGGCUGUUUCUUUGUCGCGCUCUGUCGAGUUUUCGGUGUCACCAACAGGCGAGCCAGAGGAGCAAUCAGCAGAACCGGAUCUUUUGGAUGAAGUUCAAUCUGGCACAUCAGAAACGGUGGAAGAAUCAUACUGA